ACAAUAAAGACAAUCCAGAAUUCCCUAAGAUCCCAAGACCCUCUUUCCCCAUCGCAAAUGCAAACCAUCAACAUGUCAUCCUAUUUCGACGUACUAUCCUGGACGCGUGCGCGCAAGAACCGCGAAGCUUUGGAGAAGACCAACCCCCAAAACCCCGUUCUCAACGACGACGACGAGCAAUUUUUGGAACGGAUUACUAGUCAGGAAGCGGCCGUUCCUCCACUUCCCACCAUCGAGCCUACGGUUAUCGAUGAUGAGGGGAAUGAGACUGAAGCUACUGCAACUCAGAAGGAGGCUGCUGAGAUGAUCUUGCCUUCUAGUCCUGGUGAGAGCAAGGAGAAGAGGACUUGGGCGAGUUAUAUUCCCAAGGUUCCUAAUGUUGCUGUGCCUUCGGUGCCUGCGAUGCCUUCGCUUGCUUCGUUGAGAGGUAGCAAGGCGGGUACCAAGGCUGAUGAGAAAGAGGCAGUAAAGCUCGAGGACUCAGAUGCAAAAAUGGAAGGAACCACCGAGCUGAAAGCAUCAAAUGAGGACUCUACGCCAGAUGCCACCCAAGACGACAAGAGUGACUUGACUGACAAGGCUGAUGAGACUGUCGAAGCUGCAAAGGACACCGCCGAGGAAACCGCCGAAGUUGUGAAGGAGACGGCCGAGGAGACUGCUGAAAGUACAAAGAAGACAGCCGAGCAGACUGCUGAUGCUGUGAAGGAGACGGCUGAGGAAACUGCCGAUGCUGUCAACAGAACAGUCCAGGAAACAACCGAGGAGGCCGAGGAGGAGCUCGCCAAAGAUGAUACCAAAGAUUCGACAACGACAUCGACACCUGUCAUCAACCAAGAAGUCGAAGAACCCGCCAAAGAUGACAUGAACUCGAAGACCGACCCCGAGUUGAAGGAAAAGGCUUCGGAGAAUGUGCACGAGAGCAAGGAACAACCCGAAGAAGGCGGUGCCACCAACAAAGAGACAACCGGAGAAACCGAAGUCGGGAAGACCGAGGAGCCCGCCCAAAGAACAUGGGCUUCUUACAUCCCCGCUAUGCCAGCUAUUCCAUCCAUCGGCAGAAACUCAAAAGGCAAAGAAGCAGAGGAGCUGGCCAAGGAACAAACUCCUGAGGCCAAGGAGCAAAACGAGCGCGAAGUCAGCGUUCUCCUCGAUCGUCUCAACCUGAGCGCCAUCAACAACCGCGUUUUCAGCUUCAGCGACCAGUCUCAGAAGAUUUACGGUGAAUUCACCCUGAUCCUCAAAGACAUUGUCAAUGGCGCACCCACCGCCUGGGAAGAUCUCGAGGGCUUCAUCAAGGAGAACGAAAAGCAUCUCGAAGGAAUGUUCAAGAACAUGCCUCCCUUCGUGCAAACACUUGUCAAGUCUCUGCCCGCCAAAUUUGCAUCCUCGAUGGGCCCUGAGAUUAUGGCUAUGGCAGGAGAUAAGCCUGGUAACGACUUGAAGCAGAGAAUGGACGCUGCCAGCAAGGCCUCCUCUUCCGCAUCCGCAGGCGUUCAGAACCUCAAUCUCGAUGUCAAGAAGAAGCAGAAGAGAAAGGUCCCCGGCCUCAAGGAUCUGGCUUCCCAGAAGGGUACUGUGACCAGUAUGUUGACCAACAUUGUCAACUUCCUCAAAGUCAGGUUCCCGGCUUUCGUCACCGGCACUAACGUCGUGAUGAGUUUGGCUGUCUUCAUCCUACUCUUCGUAUUCUGGUACUGUCACAAGCGCGGCAAGGAAGUCCGCAUGCUCCGUGACGCUGAAUCAACAAAAGCCUCAGCAAAUAUCUCCGAAGUCUCAGACUCAGACUCCUCGGAAGAUGAAAAGGAAGCAGACACCACCACCACCCCAGAAUCAGACACGGAAGAAGAAAAGAUUGCCGCUGCAAAAGCCUAUGCCGCUGGUAUGCAAAAGUCGUCGGUCGGUGGACCUGACAAUGCUGCCGCCCUACGUGCAAAGAAGAUUCUGGAGCAGGAUAAGAGUGCUGAGAAGGCAUGAGUGGGUGAGCGAGCCAUGCAUGACUUAUGAGGGUUUGAGACGUUCGUUUCUGGGAUUGGGAAUGAUGAUUAUGAUGAGAUGAUGAUUCCUUUUUUUUUCUGUUUAAUAUACACUUCACUCUCCUACG